UCGCCCUGUCCCGCCGCUGUCCUAGUCCUGACUCGUCGUCGUUCCCAUCUCAGCAGCCGCCGCCCUGUGUCCUCUCAGUGCUCCGGUGAAUCACGACGCCGUUGCUGUGCAUUUGACACUCUUUGUAAGCUCUCGACAUACAUUGUACUUUCUUAAUCGAUGAAUCUCAACGCCCAUUGCUUUUCAUAAAAAAAAACUAUUUGUAGACAAAUUUAGAAUAUAGUAUAAAUAGAUGGUAUGAUCUAAGCACUCCUCUUUAUGAUCGAUGUAGGCCGAAAAUAAUUUCUAAAUUGAUAGGGUUUUGAUCCCUUGACAUUUUGGUUCUCGUAUCAUAUUAAAAUAUACGUCUUGAACUGUGUUGUCCGAAAGCUUGACCCGGCAAGGAAAAUAAGACGGUGAUUGGAUGAUAUGUAAAUAAGGCCGAAUUGAUAAGUAAAUGGUCGGGGUUGUUGGAGUUGCUUUUGCCAGAUUCCGUCAUACAUGUUUGUCCUGUUUCCCUCAGAUUCCGGAUCUGUGAAAGGGAAACGAGCCCAUCUGAGGAGGCUGUUGUUUACGCUUGGUGUAUCUUUCUGUAUCGACAGAUUUGUCCUCAUUCUCUUCUGUACCUCUACUUGGGUUUAGGCUCGUACAAAUUCUGAAGUAACCAUCGGUUCUCCUCUCACUGUGACAAAGACAACCCCAGCAAGCAGAACUCCGGACGCCACAACAACAGCCAUGAUUUCCAUGGGCACGGAAGGGAACCUGCGCCGCCGCGUGCUAGUCUUCCCUCUCCCGUACCAAGGCCACCUGAACCCCAUGUUCCAGCUCGCAGGCCUCCUCCACGCGCGGGGCUUCGCCAUCACCGUCUUCCACGCCCACUUCAACGCGCCCGACCCGUCCGGCCACCCGGCCUUCGACUUCAUCCCCGUCCCCGACGGCAUGCCCGCGGGCAACCCCGAGUCGGUUGAGGUGACCGUGGAGCACAUCUUCACCGUGAACCGCGCCUGCGAGGCGCCCUUCCGCGAGCGCCUGGCCGCCCUUCUGGACGCGCCGGGCCGCAGGGCCGAGGUCGCGUGCCUCGUCGCCGACGCGCACCUGCUGACGCUCGUGAACGUUGCCCAGCAGCUAGGCGUCCCGACGCUGGCGCUCCGCACCGGCAGCGCCGCCUGCUUCCGCAACUUCAUGGCCUACCCCAUGCUCUGCGACAAGGGCUACCUCCCAGCUCAAGAGUCGCGGCUGGACGAGCCGGUGGGCGAGCUGCCGCCGUACCGCGUGCGGGACCUGAUGGCCAUCGGCAACGGCGGCGUGGUGCACGAUAUGGCGCGCAGGCUGAUGGCCCGGGCGGUGGAGGCCGUGAGAGCCUCUGCCGGGUUCAUCCUCAACACCUUCGACGCGCUCGAGGCCGACGACCUGGCCACGACGCGGCGGGACCUGGCGCUCCCCGUCUUCGACAUCGGCCCGCUCCACAAGAUCUCGCCCGCGGCGUCCAGCAGCCUGCUAACGCAAGACCCCGGCUGCCUGGAGUGGCUGGACGCGCAGGCCCCGGCGUCCGUGCUCUACAUCAGCUUCGGCAGCCUGGCCAACAUGAGCGGCGCGGAACUCGCCGAGACGGCGUGGGGCAUCGCCGACAGCGGGCAGCCGUUCCUCUGGGUCCUCCGCAGGGACCUCGUCCGCGGCGCUGCGGAGGCCGCGCUCCCGGCAGGAUUCGACGAGGCGACACGCGGCAGGGGGAAGAUCGUGGGCUGGGCGCCGCAGGAGGACGUCCUGGCGCUCGCCGCCGUCGGCGGGUUCUGGACGCACUGCGGGUGGAACUCGACGCUGGAGAGCGCGUGCGGGGGCGUGCCCAUGCUCUGCCGGCCCUGCUUCGGCGACCAGAUGGGCAACGCCAGGUACGUCGAGCACGUGUGGCGCGCCGGGAUCACGCUGGACGGGGAGCUCGUCAGGGGCAAGGUGGAGGCGGCCAUCCGGAGGCUGAUGCGGAGCAAGGAAGGAGACGAGAUGAGGGAGCGUGCUCGGGAGCUCAAGAGCAGAGCGGAUGAGGCCAUCGCCGAGGAUGGGUCUUCUCGGCGCAGCAUCGACAAGUUGGUCGAUCACAUUCUGUCCCUGUAGAAGUCUUACUCCGUACUGCAAGGGCCUUUCUGGACCAACGAUACUCUAACGAUGUUCUGUUUGCAAAGACCUGGCGCAACGAUGUUCUGUUUUUCUGUUUGCAA